AUCAGUGUUUUCCUUGUACGAACCAACUCUUGUGCACCCCUCACUACCUGCUGACCCCUGCUGUUAACUUCUCUACCCCUUUUUUGUCUUUUUCUCAGAAAGUCUUGGGCACAUUCACUGAUUCACAUUAGUACAUUACACACUCCAAAACAUCUUUAUAUACACUUGCGAUAACUCGCCAGGCACCACUUCGUCCUCUGUUGGAACACAUUUGAUUCCUGUCCAAGAUUUUUCUUGAGCAAGCAAAGGAAUUGAAGCUACAAAUACUUAUUUUGGAUCCUAAUGACCGAGAUGGUCAGUUCUGUGCUUGUGCAGGAGACAGUCAGCCAAAUUCUAUCCGGUAUAGUUCGAAGGUACGAGGGCAAAGAGAACUCGACUCCAAAUGACGACCUGGAGAGGCUGGAGAUGGCGCAUAUCAAGCUGGAGGCAGUUCUCGAGACAUCCAGCAGGUGGCAGAUCACUACUGGUUCACCGCUGUCGCGGUGGCGCAAGAAGCUGAAGCGGGCUGCUCAGGAGUGCGACGACACGCUGUGCGAGCACAAGAAGAUGGUCCUCGAAGAAGAAGAGACGGAACAGGAGGUGAGGAAUUCUUCCUUCCCCAGAAGACUAGCGCACGCUACCAGAUCCUUCGUUUUCUCAGCCUUGGGCCGCCGCAGCAACGACGGCGAGUGCAGCUCCAGCAGGUCCGCCGUCGUCAGAAGGUUCGAGUGGUUUGCGGACAGCGCUAGCGAGUUCCUGAGAUUCGUAGAGCUGGGCGGCACGCCGUCGUGCCGCCGUCACAUGCCGCUCGCCUCUUUCGCCAGGCACCUCUUCGCGGGCAAGGAGCUGCAGCACAGGAUCGUUGGUGGGGAUGAGCAUGAGGAGCGCCACUCGUCUCUUCUAUGGCUGGCGCCCUUCGUUACGGAAGAGCAUGGGACAGAAGCCUGCCUGGUGCUUAUCAAGAAAGAUAGAGGAGGAGAUACACUGGGGGUGGGGGGUAGCUUCUUCUUCAGUGUGAUACUCCAGCUCUCAGAAAGUACAGACAUGGUUGGGACCGCGGUGGAGUGCUUGAAUCUGUUCCCCGCUCACUUUCAGCCCGCGGCUGACACCAUCAGGAAAGAACUCACUCAGCUGCCCACGACACAGGACUUCUCAUGGGCGCCGUACGCUGGUCACUGGCACAAAAGACACUGGGACGAUCUCCAUAGCUUCAGCACUCGAUGGUUUCGCCCAGACCCAUUAUGCUGCAAGCAGCAGCAGCAUGGCCAGCAUAGCCGAUGCACGGCGGAUGCCGCUCUGGGUUCAGUUGUCGAAGUGAAUUUGCAGUGCCAGAUCUCACUACUGCCGUCCGAGCACAACAAUGGACAUCGGACGACGUCGCCGUCGCCGACGUCUGAAGGCAGAGGCAGACACCCUCUGCGCGAUCGUCAGGAUCUGGAAGCUGGGCUCCUCUUCAGCCCCCAUGGCUCCUCGGAAAGCAUGCUACCACCACCGGCAGAUACAGCUUCUUCGACGACGGUGUCCGUCCACGGGGGAGAACAGCACACCGGCGUGACCCUGGAGCAACUGGAAGAGAUUGUGCUGCCGAGGGCGGUAGAUCACUUCCAGCGGAACACCGAAGCGACAGUCUACCAGACACUUUGGAAGGCCGUCCAUGGCGCUGCGUACAUCCACUUCGCAAAGCCGGCAACAGGAAGUGCGGAGGCGGCUCCACCAGGUGCGCGGAGAGCUUCGAGGGGAGCUAGCAGCUGGAGGAGGAGGAGGAAGCUGCAGGUGCGACGACGACGAGAGGAUCUGGAGCUGCAUCGCCAGACUCGGGUGAUCUCUCACGUGCUCGACUUGUGGGGCGCGCACGCACCCGUCGAGCUACGAGGCUUGGUCUUGAACUGGAUUCGAAAGGAGAAGGAAAGGCAGUGCCUGAGGUUCUGAGUCUUGUACACGUGGAGAGAUCAACUGAGUUGGGAGAUGGGGACUGUUUUCUUGUAGGGAAACAGAUCAAAAGGUUGGAUUACUACUAAGGCUGGCUCCAACAGGCCAGCUAUCAGACCAGGCAAAGCUAGUUUAGCUGUCCAACUGGUACUGUAGCGUCUCCAAUAAGGCAGCUAUCCUGGCUAGGCAAAAUACAUGGGAGGAGAGAGAAGAGCCAAAUUGGCUGGCAUUGACACGCCAUGCAUUUCCCUCUGACAACCGUCAGUUGGGACCAUGUGAGGGAAUCGACGAGCAGGAUGCUUCGGUGAUUUGGCGCGAAAGCAAAUGGGUCAGCGGUCACAGCUAAUUUGGCUUCCUUGUUGCAAACUAGACACCUAUCGUUAGCCAUAUAAAAUGCAGAUGGCAGGUAAACGGGAAAAUGGCUGGGCAAUAUGGCUAUCCGUUGUUGGAGCCAGCCUCACAGACACACAAAAAAGAGAGAGAAUAUGUCAGAAAAUAAAACAAACUUUAGAGGUAGAGGUGCAUGUAUGUAUGAGUGCGUGUGUUUUUUUCAAAAAAAAAAGUUACAGGCUAACACUGAUGCAAACUUUAAUCUUUGCAGCGACACUUCUGCAUUGACUUGGCUAACACUGAUGCAGACAGCAGAUUCACCU